ACUAGCUCCUGGACUAUCACUAGGUCUACUUAAUAAACAGAUCAGAUAUAGAAAUACCAACAGUCUACAGAAGGAAUAUAAUCAAAUGUAGCCUAAUAGAGUUUUAUCAAUCAAUGCAUCAAUCAAAUGUAUUAACAAAGCCUUUUUUUCAUAUUUGUCACAAAAUGCUUUGCCACAAAGUGCUUUACGGAUAACUUUAUUAUAGGCUAAUAGCUAUAAGGUUUGCACUAUCAACUUUUUUUUUUUUUUAGCACUGAAUGUAUUAAUAAAUAAAUAAACGUUUUGAUUUUCCCUCCCAGAUGUAUAACUUCCUAUAUCAUCCCGGGACAGUGUGGUGGGGUUGGAGGUCAGAAACUGAGACCGACUCGGUUUCUCUACGGUGCUGCUGCAUCCCGGGACAAUGUGACCGUGCACGGAUCACCUUCAUUAGCUAGUUGGAAACCGUUACGAAGUGGGUCGGUCGACGUGCAUGGUUGAGCAUUUCAAGAGAAGUGCCCAGAUAGCGUCGCCUCCUGCAGCGUUAGCUACCCAUCUACACGGCUGCAGCUUGCCACAGCAGCGGGAGUCCCUACACCGCAACAGCAACUGUCGCCUACCUCUCCCCGGCAGCUCCAUCGAGCCAUGCGACAGUGGUGCCUCCCGGCUGCGGCACCGCGAACCGAACCUCUGCCCACAGGGCGCCUCUCACCCCCGCUAUCAGAUGUCAGGAUGGAGUGUUGUGAGGUGGAGCCACGCUACACCAUCGAGCAGAUCGACCUCCUCCAGCGCCUCCGUCUCUCAGGGAUGACCAAGCCACAGAUCGUCCAGGCCUUGGGAUCCCUAGAGCGACUAGACCCCGACUACUGCAAUGACACCCACACAGCCAACCCCACAACCAACGCCACCCCUACCACAGCCUCCGCCCCGGCCCCCUCCUCCUCCUCUUCCUCCUCUUCCUCUUCCUCCCUCUCCCUGGCCUCUGCCACCACGCAGACACCCGGGAUGGAUGGCGCCUCCCUGUCGCCUAGCAACAGCUACGAGGCCUCGCCCCCGCCGCUUUACCCCCCGGGGGUCGGAGUUCAGAGGUCAUUCAGCUAUGACAUCAUGGCGGAGGAGGACUGGGACCUUGAGGAGAAGGUGGAGGAGUACAUGAGGAGGGACAGUAACCUGGUGAAGGAGGAAAUCAAAACCUUCCUCAACAACCGCAGGAUCUCCCAGGCCAUCGUGGGACAGGUCACAGGUAUCAGUCAGAGUUAUAUCUCCCAGUGGUUGCUGCAGCAGGGCUUGGAGAUGAGCGACUCCAAACGCAGAUCUUUCUACCGCUGGUACCUGCUGGAGAGGAACAACCCAGGUAACAACCACGGGCUGAGGUGGAGUGAAAGCCAGCACGGCCCGGCGGGUCUGGGGCUCGGUGGUCUCGGUCAGGGGUUGGGCCAAAACCCGGGCUCUGGACCCAGGGCAGCCAGGGGAGGGGACAGAGACGUCAUGGUGACGGGCAACGCCGCUACGUGCACCACGGCCACUUCAGCCGUGACCGCCUCCACCACCUGGGGCAGACAGAGAGAGCUGCUGAUGCACCUGCUGCCAUGGUACACUGCAGCCGCUGCCGCACAGCCAGGUGCUACCCUGUCGAUGCGCUCCCUGGUGAAGGAGGAGCCUGAUUGGAGGAUGGGGGUCAGUCCCGGGGAGAGGGGCGGGGUGGUGGGCGGUCCUCUUAGGCUGCGGAGGGGAAGCAGAUUCACCUGGAGGAAGGAGUGCCAGUCAAUCAUGGAGAGUUUCUUCAUGGAGAACCAGUACCCUGACGAGGCAAAGAGAGAGGAGAUCGCUAAUGCCUGCAACUCCGUCAUCCAGAAACCUGGAUGCAAGCUGUCUGAGUUUGAGCGUGUCACGGCUCUGAAGGUGUACAACUGGUUCGCCAACCGCCGGAAAGAGAUGAAGAGGCGGGCUAAUAUAGAGGCGGCCAUCUUGGAGAGUCAUGGUAUCGAGGUUCCCAGCCCGAGCUGUCACUCCAACGGGGAGGAGCUGGAGCCACAUGACUACGCAGAGCAAGUGAAUCAACGAUUCUUAGAGCGGGAAGAGAUUUCAUCCAGGAAGGACCUUGAUCCACAAGACCCCUCCUCAUUGGCUGCCGUCAAUGUCCUUCCCCCUCCUAGCCCCGCCCCUCAGGUCCUAGAACACAAAGCUGACGAAUCGAAAAGGGAGACUGUGGAUGAGGAGUGACCUAUGGGAGAUGUGGAUUUUUACAUAUAUAAUGGGAUAUAAAAAUGAAAAAUGACUGCUCUGAGUGUGUGGCCCCCUGGAGGUCUUCAUGGGCUAUGACUGCUCUGUGUCCCCCUUGGAGGUCUUCAGGGGCUAUGACAGUGAGUUAAUAGUGGAAAAGGGUGCUACAGCUCGCUCUGGUGCCUCUAGUGGUAGGGAGGCCACUAUGUAUACAGUAAUCAUGCUUUAUAGUGAUGGCAAUAUUUAUCUCUAUCUCUCUGUAUGUAUUCCAAGACGGUCUUAAACGAAAGACAACUCCUUAGAAGGAAGAGGGUUGUACCGGUAAGCGGAUAUAUCGCCCCUUCUAUAAGCUAAAAGCCUUUCUUUAAAAAAUGUAUUUGCAACUUUUCUUUUUAAAGGUAUUGACAAGUGGUUGUGUAAAUGGACUGGAGAGUGGAGUGAGUAAGGAAUGUUUUGAACCUGCAGGUCAGGUGUGUUUGAUAAGGUGACAGGUGUGUUUGGCUGAAGUGAGCGAGGUGAGUUUGGUUGAUCUUUGGUGUGAUGAUAGUGUUUCCAUAAUAUCAACAUGAGGAUGCCUUCUCUGCUAGCUUGAAUGUCUUGACCCUAUCUUAGUAACCUUGUUAGACUUUGGGCUCAAUCAAUCGAUCGGACAAGUGAUCAAUCAAGUAGUCUGGUCAGAAGAGUCCAACCCUGAGGGACAAACGGAAUCUCAGGUAAACCCAAAGAUGGUGGAUGAAGAUGAUGAAUCGUCCAAUGGAAUGUUUCAUAUCAUACAAUACUGUUGACUGUUUUCUGCCAAAACAUGGACACCCAGUGAGCAAAAUGUGUUGAAAUGAUGUCUUUUCAACUAGUUUUCCUCACUGCGUCUACUAUGUAUUAUGUCUGUCUAUUGUUAAUGUCAGCAAGCCGAGCUAGCCCAUGGUUCCCCUUCUAUAUGCUUCCUCAUGCUCCUAUUUUGUCAGUGAAUGUCCAUUAAUCAAAGGAACAUUAUGUAUUAAUAACUAAUAGUAAUUAGUUAAUGAUGUCCCCCUUCUCUUAUCAACAUACAUUAACCAUUUCAAGUCCACUGUCCUCUGAAACCCAAAUAAGCUAGUCUGUAGUCUUAAAGGUUUGAGUUCUACAAAUGUUCUAGGUAACAUCAAAUGUGUUGUUAAUCAUGACUUGUAAUGUCUAUGUGUGCCGUAAGCACCUCUCCUCAUUCUAGAAUAAGCUAAUCUUCAUAUAUGGUAUCUGUGUAUGACCGAAAGCUGCACUUCCUGGUGAUUCCUUUACUCCAUAUAUUUCCAAGAAGAGGAAAGAACACACACACACAACUAUGUUAAUGUAUUUGCGCGUUCAUUUUGUGUCAACUCUUUGCUCCUGGUCAAAACCUUGGGUUUCUGGGAUGAAACUAAAUGACAUUUAUGCAUAUGUAACAAAAUUC